AUGUCUUUAUCUUCAGCAAAUGAAUCUAUGCUUCAGGCAAUUGUUGAAAAUCUUCUACCACUAAAAUAUCGUAUUCCAGAGCUUUCAUUAGUAAUGGAUGGAACAGGAGAUAAUUAUAUUAGCUUAGAAUUAAAAUAUAUUCCAUUAAUUGGUUUAAUAGUAAAUCAGAAAGUUAAAUAUGGUGCAAUUGAAUUAGAAAACUUAGAUAAAAUCCUUGAAAAGGAAGAUGAAGAAAUUUUAUUAAAAAGAUCAUAUACAUAUUGGUCUAAAGAGUGUAAAAGAACAAACCAAACAACUAUAGGUAAUAAUAGUAUAAGCCAAUUGAAAUCAUAUAUGAAUACAAUCUCAAAGGGAAGAGUUGCUGAUUACUUUAGCCCAAGAAUAUUUGAUGAACGUGUUAAAGUAGUUGAAUCAAAUCCUAAUAAAUUGAAAGGAUUUGUCAUUUUAGUAAUUGGUUUCCAACGUAUUUUAUGGAAACCUGUUGAUGAAGUAAUAUCAAAUUAUACAUAUAAUAUAAUUUAA